UAUUAUUUGUUCUGCACCCAGAACUCUGGGUCUUGUUGUUCCUGUCGGCUCUUUUAUGUUUAGAUAAUAAUUGUAUACCUGUCAUGUACACCUAUACACCAUUCUUGUGUGUGUUUAAUAAAAAUAUUUGAAACAAAAAGAUGAGAGAGGCCUGUAAUUUUCAUCAUAGGUACACUUGAACUAUGACAGACAAAAUGAGAAAAAAUAAUCCAGAAAAUCACAUUGUAGGAUUUUUUUAAUGAAUUUAUUUGCAAAUUAUGGUGGAAAAUAAGUAUUUGGUCAAUAACAAAAGUUUAUCUCAAUACUUUGUUAUAUACCCUUUGUUGGCAAUGACAGAGGUCAAACGUUUUCUGUAAGUCUUCACAAGGUUUUCACACACUGUUGCUGGUAUUUUGGCCCAUUCCUCCAUGCAGAUCUCCUCUAGAGCAGUGAUAUUUUGGGGCUGUUGCUGGGCAACACGGACUUUCAACUCCCUCCAAAGAUUUUCUAUGGGGUUGAGAUCUGGAGACUGGAUAGGCCACUCCAGGACCUUGAAAUGCUUCUUACGAAGCCACUCACACUCUUCGUUGCCCGGGUGGUGUGUUUGGGAUCAUUGUCAUGCUGAAAGACCCAGCCAAAUCUCACGAUACAUGGCCCCAUUCAUUCUUUCCUUUACACGGAUCAGUCGUCCUGGUCCCUUUGCAGAAAAACAGCCCCAAAGCAUGAUGUUUCUAUCCCCAUGCUUCACAGUAGAUAUGGUGUUCUUUGGAUGCAACUCAGCAUUCUUUGUCCUCAAAACACGACGAGUUUAGUUUUUACCAAAAAGUUAUAUUUUGGUUUCAUCUGACCAUAUGACAUUCUAUCAAUCUUCUUCUGGAUCAUCCAAAUGCUCUCUAGCAAAUUUGAGACGGGCCUGGACAUGUACUGGCUUAAGCAGGGGGACACGUCUGGCACUGCAGGAUUUGAGUCCCUGGCGGGGUAGUGUGUUACUGAUGGUAGGCUUUGUUACUUUGGUCCCAGCUCUCUGCAGGUCAUUCACUACGUCCCCCUGUCUGGUUCUGGGAUUUUUGCUCACCGUUCUUGUGAUCAUUUUGACACCACGGGGUGAGAUCUUGCGUGGAGCCCCAGAUCGAGGGAGAUUAUCAGUGGUCUUGUAUGUCUUCCAUUUCCUAAUAAUUGCUCCCACAGUUGAUUUCUUCAAACCAAGCUGCUUACCUAUUGCAGAUUCAGUCUUCCCAGCCUGGUGCAGGUCUACAAUUUUGUUUCUGGUGUCCUUUGGCAGCUCUUUGGUCUUGGCCAUAGUGGAGUUUGGAGUGUGACUGUUUGAGGUUGUGGACAGGUGUCUUGAUACUGAUAACAAGUUCAAACAGGUGCCAUUAAUACAGGUAACAAGUGGAGGACAGAGGAGCCUCUUAAAGAAGAUGUUACAGGUCUGUGAGAGCUAAAAAUCUUGCUUGUUUGUAGGUGACCAAAUACUUAUUUUCCACCAUAAUUUGCAAAUAAAUUCAUUAAAAAUCCUACAAUGUGAUUUUCUGGAUUUUUUUCUCCUCAUUUUGUCUGUCAUAGUUGAAGUGUACCUAUGAUGAAAAUUAUGUCUUUACCAUAUUCAACUGACUGGAUAGAAGUAGUUGGGAAUGUCUUUACCAUAUUCAACUGACUGGAUAGAAGUAGUUGGGAAUAUCUUUACCAUAUUCAACAGACUGGAUAGAAGUAGUUGGGAAUAUCUUUACCAUAUUCAACUGACUGGAUAGAAGUAGUUGGGAUUGUCUUUACCAUAUUCAACAGACUGGAUAGAAGUAGUUGGGAAUGUCUUUACCAUAUUCAACUGACUGGAUAGAAGUAGUUGGGAAUGUCUUUACCAUAUUCAACUGACUGGAUAGAAGUAGUUGGGAAUGUCUUUACCAUAUUCAACAGACUGGAUAGAAGUAGUUGGGAAUGUCUUUACCAUAUUCAACUGACUGGAUAGAAGUAGUUGGGAUUGUCUUUACCAUAUUCAACAGACUGGAUAGAAGUAGUUGGGAAUGUCUUUACCAUAUUCAACUGACUGGAUAGAAGUAGUUGGGAAUGUCUUUACCAUAUUCAACUGACUGGAUAGAAGUAGUUGGGAAUGUCUUUACCAUAUUCAACUGACUGGAUAGAAGUAGUUGGGAAUGUCUUUACCAUAUUCAACUGACUGGAUAGAAGUAGUUGGGAAUGUCUUUACCAUAUUCAACUGACUGGAUAGAAGUAGUUGGGAAUGUCUUUACCAUAUUCAACUGACUGGCUAGAAGUAGUUGGGAAUGUCUUUACCAUAUUCAACUGACUGGAUAGAAGUAGUUGGGAAUGUCUUUACCAUAUUCAACUGACUGGAUAGAAGUAGUUGGGAAUGUCUUUACCAUAUUCAACUGACUGGAUAGAAGUAGUUGGGAAUGUCUUUACCAUAUUCAACUGACUGGCUAGAAGUAGUUGGGAAUGUCUUUACCAUAUUCAACUGACUGGAUAGAAGUAGUUGGGAAUUUCUUUACCAUAUUCAACAGACUGGAUAGAAGUAGUUGGGAAUGUCUUUACCAUAUUCAACUGACUGGAUAGAAGUAGUUGGGAAUGUCUUUACCAUAUUCAACUGACUGGAUAGAAGUAGUUGGGAAUGUCUUUACCAUAUUCAACAGACUGGAUAGAAGUAGUUGGGAAUGUCUUUACCAUAUUCAACUGACUGGAUAGAAGUAGUUGGGAAUAUCUUUACCAUAUUCAACUGACUGGAUAGAAGUAGUUGGGAAUGUCUUUACCAUAUUCAACUGACUGGAUAGAAGUAGUUGGGAAUGUCUUUACCAUAUUCAACUGACUGGAUAGAAGUAGUUGGGAAUGUCUUUACCAUAUUCAACUGACUGGAUAGAAGUAGUUGGGAAUGUCUUUACCAUAUUCAACUGACUGGAUAGAAGUAGUUGGGAAUGUCUUUACCAUAUUCAACUGACUGGCUAGAAGUAGUUGGGAAUAUCUUUACCAUAUUCAACUGACUGGAUAGAAGUAGUUGGGAAUGUCUUUACCAUAUUCAACUGACUGGAUAGAAGUAGUUGGGAAUGUCUUUACCAUAUUCAAAUUUUUCUGUCUGUUUCUGUUCCCCCCUCCUCCCUUUUUCCCUUCCGACUCGUCCGUUACCCCAAUCCUGCCUCCUCCGUUCUCCCCAUCCUGCCUCCUCCCUUUUUGCCCUCCUGCCUCCUCCCUUUUUCCCCUCCUGACUCCUCCGUUCUCCCCAUCCUGCCUCCUCCCUUUCCCCUCCUGACUCCUCCGUUCUCCCCAUCCUGCCUCCUCCCUUUCCCCUCCUGACUCCUCCGUUCUCCCCAUCCUGCCUCCUUCCUUUUCCCCCUCCCGCCUCCUCCCCCUCCUCCAGAACCAUUCUCAGGAUGGUAGAGGUGUGUGUGUGUGCGGCGGAGGACAGUGACAACAUAGAGACCCAACGCCAGCAACAGCAGCAGGCAUGGAGGAGGGGGCCACUCCCGAUCCAGAGUUUGUGGACGUGGACCAGGGCAUGACGCUGGCCUGUGUGGCCUUCCUCUGCCUUCUCCUGGUGGCCAUGAUCAUCCGCUGUGCCCGGGUCAUCAUGGACCCCUACAGCGCUAUACCCACCUCCACCUGGGAAGAGCAGCACCUGGAUGACUAGCGGGGAACAAGCUGUGCUGUUACACAUAUAGCCACACCUGUGAGGGUGCAGACGCACAGGCACGUAGGGACAUGCACAUGAACGCAAGCGUGGGUAAACACGCAUACGCACAAAAGAAAGGAGACGAGAAGAGAGGACAGCUUGACCAGAGAGGAGAGUAGAAGAGAGGAGAAGAGAGGAGAGCUUGACCAGAGAGAAGAGAGGAGAGCUUGACCAGAGAGGAGAGUAGAAGAGAGGUGAAGAGAGGAGAGCUUGACCAGAGAGGAGAAGAGAGGAGAGCUUGACCAGAGAGGAGAAGAGAGGAGAGCUUGACCAGAGAGGAGAGUAGAAGAGAGGUGAAGAGAGUUAUGGUCCCAAACAGUAACACUGCCUGUCAACACAUCUCUUGUCUGGUAUCAGUCAGUACUUGAGAAGCGCUGGACUGGGUGACAAUCAACCAUGGUCUGGACGCGUUACAGUCUGUGUCUACUCCUUCACCCUGUAAACUGCUUCCUGUACACACUAGGCAAUACUGGUCAUGAUGAUGAUGAAGAGAAAGACUAUUUAGUACUUUAGGACUUUUUUUCAGUUAAUUUAUUGAUCUUACAAAAAACAUCUGAAGUUUUGUACAUUUUAUAUGAAAAAUAACAAUGACUUUGUCUACAUAAUAGUAUUGCUCAUGAAACAGGGCCUGUGUUUUUCAGCUUAUCGACUAAUAAGGCUCAGAGAAACUUUAUCCAUGUGUCAUGUCUGAAAAUGUGUCAGGCAACAGUAUGGCAAAGCAGUGGGGAAUUAAUGUCAUCUGUUACAGUCUACACACACACACACACACACACACACACACACACACACACACACACACACACACACACACACACACACACACACACACACACACUGUAGAGCAGGCACCUCGCUCCAAUAACUUGUGGCUCAUAGCAAUGAACUAUCAUCCCCAGCCUUGUCCUCUUCCAGUCAUAAAUGAUCCUUGUUUGCGGCUGCUGUCUGCCCAUUAGCUUGAGCACAAAACCGUUAUGUUGGUCUAGUAUUUCUAUGUUCUGUUAUGAUGACUUAUGUCUCUAGCCAUUGCGUUUAUUACUUGUGAAACGAUUGUCUGACUUGCAUGUUAUGAAGUGCCUCAGCUGACACCACAGAAUAGAAAAGCUUGGCUGAAUUCCAAAUCAACUCCUCCCCUCUAUUCUAUGGAUAGGUGUGAGCAAUAGGGUGAAUAUUUAUCCUAGCCAAUCAGAAGACAAGAUGAAGCAAGGCAAUCACCAUGAUAUGUGAUUUAACCUGUCCCAUGCGUUCAUCGGUGCAUAGGGGGUAGAGGGGCUAGGGACUCGGGUCGUUUUGGAUGAGAGCAGAUUAUUGACAAGCGUUAACUGGCAAAUUAGCGGCAGGUGAUGAUUUGAUAUGAACCCAGAUUGUGCUACAUUUAGCCUGUCUAUAAUAAAGAUGAUUAUGAAUGACAAAAAACGUA